AUGAAGCAUCAAACUACAACAGGAAGUGAGAGAAUUGAUGACAUUCCUACCUUUUUUGAUCAGCUCCACUCCAUUCUAGAAUGCAAACAUAAGGUAACCCCAUUGAAUCUAGAGGAUUCAAUGGAUGAAACAUCAGAAAGUGUGAAAAAUGAAAUAGAACAGCGACAACCAGAUCAUACAGAUUCAGAGGAAACUCAAUUGGGUCCCUCAACAACAACACCAGUUAGCCGAUUUAAAAAAACUCGAAAGGUAACACCUUCUCGGCAUGAUGACCUGAUAAGAGAAAUGGAAAAGGAUAGAAAAAUAAGAAGUGAAGAAUUUAGUUUUUUGAAAGAACAUUUGAAGAAAACGAACAACAAAAGGACAGGUUCUUAGAAAUUGUUGAGGCAGCUUUUGGGACAAAAAAAAGAAGAAAGACGAUUCUGACACUGACUAGGAUUAUUAUUUAUUAAUAUUUAUUUCUUUUUGGUUUUUAAUUGAGAUUUUUAAAUUGUGUAAUAAAUAGUUUCUUGUUCUAAUAUUUUAGUUUUAUUCAAGGAAGACAUUGCCAAUGUGUAGAAGUCAAUCCAUCCAUAAAAAAGGUAAUAUACCUUUUGUGAUAACUAACAAACCUUGUGUGUAGAAUAAUAAUUAAGUUAAAAUGAAUGUAGAGAUAAGUAAAUUAAAAUGCAAACCAAUAAUUGUGUUUUUUAUUCAAUUUGAAUUGAAAGAUGGUACAAUAAUAUUAUUCUAUGUUAUAUCUGCA